AUGGGGAUUACUACCACGCUGAUUUCCGGGAAUGAUGAUGAGACCGCGGUGUUGGCAGAGGCCUACAGUGGCGAUCUUUCAUUAGUUUUUAAAUUCGAUCUCGAUGUCUCUCAGCCGCUCAUCACUAGCGGCCGCAUAGUCACCUGCUUUCACGAGCUUGAAGUUGACGACGAGAAAAAUACGUUUCCGGACAGAGCAUCCAUGCGCCAAGCAGUAUACGAUCUAAUAUCACACGUUUGGCCUAUUUGCUCAUCAGAUCCUUUAAUCCGCCUUCCGGAUGCUGUUGUACACAUUCAGCAAGACGAUCGCAGCGAAACCGCGUGUACAAUCUCUCACGAGAGUGUCUUUUGCAGAUAUCUAGCGAGUCUCCUACCUGUUGCUUCUGUCAAGGAUGCUGUUAUUCGAAAACGCAGUGUGAUCAAACCGCGUUAUGCAUCACUUGAGUCCCUUCAGUUUUCCCAUAAACUUGGGGGACGCGGAGGGACGACGAUUACUCGUUUCAGAGACCAGAAAGACGGUGCGUCAUAUGUUUACAAGGGACUCAGUUUCCGGCUGUUUCUGGAAGGCGAGGCAAACUAUGAACUCGAGCGAGAUACGUUCCAUCGUGAACUCAAGGCCAUCUACUCUCUUCCUAGCCAUCUCAAUCUCCAGCGAGCUCCACCCUUCUUGGUCACCACUGGACCACCUAAAUCUGCAAAUCAGGGCGUUGGAGAAGAAGGCUGUGUCCUUUGCGGAAUGUUGUAUCCGUUUUACGAGCAGCAAUCAUUACAAGAAGUAAUCAACCAGAGCAAUGAGAGUUACACAAUUCUAUCUCUGGUGGCAAAGGCGAAAUGGGCGUUCCAAUUAGCAUCGGCAAUGGCGACUGUGCACUCAUCAGGACAGUACCACAUGGAUUUGAAACCGAGCAAUAUGCUUCUGAACCACGAGAAUGACGUGAUUGUGAUUGAUUGGGAGCAAUGUGGCGCAUCUCCGUUCUUUCUCGCACCGGAAGCGAGCGGCGUAUGGGAUGUCGAGGUUGUCAAAAGUUUAGAACGGGGCGAAGGGCAAGAGGCAGAGCCUACGAUGGCAUAUCGAAAGUUCACAGGCCCACUGACUGACAACUGCGGGACUUGGCCAAGGCGAAAUGUAUUCCAAUUGUGGCAGCAUGAAUGCCCAAGAGCGCUGGAGGCUGCUGAGAUCUAUAGUGCAGGGAAGAGUCUAUGGGUCAUCUUUGAGCAGAGACAUGACGACUGGGUUUAUGAGAGGAAACAUCCGGAGGAAACGGCGAUCGAGUGGACUCGUGGAAGCGGCGGCGUGCCAGAAGCAUGGAAGGAUUUUGUGUCUCAAUGCAUGAGCCUAGAUCCAAACGAGCGACCAACGUUUGAGCAGGGAGAGAGAUUCUGGGAACAGGUAUGGAAACAGCUGGAGGGGAGUACGAAGGAGAUCCGAAGCUGCCAAUGCGAUUCAAGCUCCACGACCGUCAAACCUAUUGAGCAAUGA